AUGCCUAGAUUGAGGUCGCCGAAGCGCGGAUGGUCGUUCAGCGAGGAUGUGAGUGGCAAUGAAUUGGAGGCUGAGCGCGAGCGAGACGGAUCAGAUGGGCCCGCCGACUUGCUCAAAGGCAGCUUGAAGAAAGGUCAGCAAGAUGAGGAGCAUGCUGUACGCGUAGUUGGCGCACCAGUGCCAGUACAACGCUUCAUCUCCCAGAUGGCUGAUGAGGCAAAGCUGCCGGAGCCGUGGGUCGUCACGCGUGACGAGCAACAGCGGGUGUGCUUCCACAACAAGGCGACGAGGCAGACCAAAUGGCACCAUCCUCUGGAACCUGUCUUCAAGGAGCUGGCGGCCGUUUGCUUGGAGGUGCUGUCCAUGUCGGCAAAGGAUCGCUAUGACCAUCUUCACCGUCUCCACACUGAAGGCACCAGAAGGGCAGAGGAGGAAAUGGGCCAGUGGAAUGAGGUCACAGUGGAGGAGGACUCGGAAAAGCGGAUGUACUACUACAACACCGGCACCAAGGAGUCUUCUCGCUAUCAUCCCGAGUCCACGGUUCUGCCCGCUCAUUCCUGCAGACUUGCAGGGCUGGCAUUGCUAGCUCGCGAAGGAUAUUUGGAAGAGCUUCAGGCCUCAGAAAGUCCUUCGAGAAGUCGUGGACGAGGUAGCCCCUCAGGGAGACAAGGCAAGUCGGGGCCUGCCUUUCGCUCCCGAGCUGCUGCCGCCAUUGAAAGGCUCAUCAUGGACAGCGAGCACGAAGCCUUGGAGGAUGUCCCGCAGGUCUCGUCCAGAGGGCCAUCCGGCCUGGCAGAGGCGUCGCGAGACGCCACUCUGAGCCGCAGUCCAGGUCUUCCUAUUCACCGGUGGAUGCGCCCGGAGCAAUAUGCCCGACAUCUGGGAUUGCGCUUUGAGGACACCAGCGAUUCCCGGAUCCUGGAGCUGUUGACCCCAGUUUUCAUGCAGGAGCUUCCAUGGCCGUGGGUGGUCGAGACCGCAGGCAAGCAGGUUUACUUCUGCCGCCGUUCCUCCUCACUUGUCACCAGCUGGGAGCAUCCCAUGCAGAGCAUUCACCGGCGAAUGAUGGGAGUGCUGCAGGAGGCCAGACCAAGUCUUCAGGGCCCAAAGCUGAGGAUGGGAUUGAGAAAGCUGAUGGAGUUGGAGCUUGAUGGCCUCGUACCGUCAGGUCUGGAGAAUCUUCGGGCUUGCCAAGGAGACGAUCCCCGAAUGGAGGCAACAUCCAUUCUUGCCUUGGCCCUCAUUGGCUGCAACAAGAUCUUGCGGCAGCUGGGCGAGGAAGCGGUUGAUGACGCAACUUUGUGGCAACAGGCUGCUGGAGCAGCAGAUCGCGGCCAGCCGAGCCUACAGCUUGGAAGGAUGCCCAUGGAUCGUCUUGAGGAUGCCUCCAGUUGCGCCAAAUCCACGUCUCCUGGAAACCAAAGCACCUGGAGUGGCCUAGCAAGGCGCCACGAUGAUUUUAUCAACAUGGCGACAGAAGCUGAUUUGGCACAGUGCCGGCUGACGGGCGAUGUACGGAAUCAAGGAGAUCAAGGAAGCCAACGGGAUCUCGGCGGUCAGGAAGGUCAAAGACAACAUAGAGAGCAAUCCGAUCCCGGAGUUCAAAGAAGUCACAGAGAUCAAGGAGAUCAAGGAAGCCAACGGGAUUCUGGUGGUGAAGAAGGUCAAAGACAGCAUAGAGAGCAAUCCGAUCCCGGAGUUCAAAGAAGUCACAGAGAUCAAGGAGAUCAAGGAAGCCAACGGGAUCCCGGCGGUCUAGAAGGUCAAAGACAACAUAGAGAGCAAUCUGAUCCCGGAGUUCAAAGAAGUCACAGAGAUCAAGGAGAUCAAGGAAGCCAACGUGAUCGCGGCGGUCAAGGAGAUCAAAGUCAGCAUAGAGAGCAAUCCGAUCCCGGAGUUCAAAGAAGUCACAGAGAUCAAGGAGAUCAAGGAAGCCAACGGGAUCGCGGCGGUCAAGGAGAUCAAAGUCAGCAUAGAGAGCAAUCCGAUCCCGGAGUUCAAAGCAGCUAUAGAGAUCAAGGAGAUCAAGGAAGCCAACGUGAUCGCGGCGGUCAAGGAGAUCAAAGUCAGCAUAGAGAGCAAUCUGAUCCCGGAGUUCAAAGAAGUCACAGAGAUCAAGGAGAUCAAGGAAGCCAACGGGAUCGCGGCGGUCAAGGAGAUCAAAGUCAGCAUAGAGAGCAAUCCGAUCCCGGAGUUCAAAGAAGUCACAGAGAUCAAGAAGAUCAAGGAAGCCAACGGGAUCGCGGCGGUCAAGGAGAUCAAAGUCAGCAUAGAGAGCAAUCCGAUCCCGGAGUUCAAAUCAGUCACAGAGAGCAAGGAGAUCAAGGAAGCCAACGGGAUCGCGGCGGUCAAGGAGAUCAAAGUCAGCAUAGAGAGCAAUGCGAUCCCGGAGUUCAAAGAAGUCACAGAGAUCAAGGAGAUCAAGGAAGCCAACGGGAUCGCGGCGGUCAAGGAGAUCAAAGUCAGCAUAGAGAGCAAUCUGAUCCCGGAGUUCAAAGAAGUCAUAGAGAUCAAGAAGAUCAAGGAGGCCACCCAGGUCUCCCAACAAGCGGAAGUCAUAGAGGAGAUCAAGCAGGCCCAGGAGGUCAGGUAGAUCAAACAAACCAUAGAAAUGAAGACGACAGAACCCCACUGGAUCAAGCUCUAGAAGAGCAAGGGUUGAACGUGGAUCCCAAGCAUCAAGGCUGCCAGCCGCUGCUUCCAGGUGAUUUGGAUGGCAAGCCAAAGGCAACCGCUGCGACUCUCAGUGGUGUCCCCGCGGUGAGCUCGCUUGCGCAUCCUAGCGCACUGCACAAUCCUGCAGUGGAAAGCAAGCUGCAAGAGAUAUGCGUUCUGCUGCGGGCUAUGCAAACACAGCAGGAGCGCAAGACUCAGCUUGCAACAGAUCCAGUUGUCAGUCAAGAGGUGCAGACCAUGCUGGAGGGAUCUUCCUCUCCGUCCAGAAACCCAAGUUGUGCUUCCGCUGACGGGCGCGUGCAAAUGGUGGGCGAGCACAAGGAGCAGGCCCAGGAAGCUUGCGACGGUCCUCGCGAUGGGCUCGAGGUGCGUCAGGAAACGCCUGGCGGCGAUGCUCCGCAAGCCAGCCAUGCGGAUCUUCGAAGCGCACAGUCAGAAGACCGAGCAGUGACGACGGUGCGGAAUCCAAAGAGCCAGGUUCUCGAAAGUUGCCAGGCCGGCACUCGGAUUGAGAGGUUCGCGCAAGGAGCGCUUGCAUCCCUUCCUGGCGCUCAGCCCGCGAAGCCCCGAAUCCAGGCGCGCAGUGCCCAGGGCGAGUGGUUCUCGGUCUCUGCGCCGAUCCGUGCUCCGCCUGUGGCACCUCCGGUGCCGCCUGUGGCACCUCCGGUGCCGCCUGUGCCAUCUCCGGCGCCGGCUCUGGCACGACUGGAGUCGUCUCCGACACCGGACACCGAGGCCAACUCGCGCUGGUGCGUGGCCGGAGGCGCCUUUGGCACCUCCUUGGGCUUGCCUGGUGCACUGCAGGAGCCGGGGGGGCCGCAGCAGCGGCCCGCGCUCGCCUUCCGGCGCCUGGAGUUGACGCAGCCGGCCCAGCCCCGCGAGCCCAUCUCCGAGCCCCCCCCGCGAGACCAGCCGGAGCCGGAGGUGGCGUGCAUGUGUACGCCCCCCCAGAGACGACGGGAGGUCCCGGACUUGCGCGGGGAGUUGGGGUUUCGGAAGAUUCCAGAGCCAGAGCCAGCCUCCGCCCCCGAGAAGCCGCAGGUUGAUGAAGAACUCCGAAGCCUGAAGGAUACCAUGAGGCAUCAGCAGAAGCUGAUCCAGGAGGCUUUCAGUCCUGAGAUUUUGCGGGAAAAGGUAAAAGAUGCACUUCCCGAGAAAUUUGCCAAAACUGAGCAGGCUGCUGUGCAAACUGAGCAGGCUUUCAGUCCUGAGAUUUUGCCGGAAAAGGUAAAAGAUGCACUUCCCGAUCAAUUUGCCAAAAUUGAGCAGGCUGCUGUGCAAACUGAGCAGGCUUUCAGUCCUGAGAUUUUGCGGGAAAAGGCCAAAACUGAGCAGGCUGCUGUGCAAACUGAGCUUGCGCCGAGCCCGGAGAUCUUCCCGGAGCCGGGGAUCGUUCCCGACGACCCGCGCGAGGGCGAGGGCCAGCGAGACAUCGACGCGGCGGACGUUGGCGAGGUGGGCGUCGACGCGCCCAACACCGGCGAGGUGCCUGCUGAUACAUUGAGGUUUGACAGUCAGAUGCUCUGCGAGCAGGUGACCGAGAGCUUGCGCCAACACUUGCAGAGCAGCGCGCAGGCAAAUGAUGCAGCGCAGGCUGCCAGAGAUGAGGAGGUUCGUCGUGCGUUGGCAAGUGAGCUUGCGAAGAUCAAGGAGUCGGAGGAGGAGGCUCGCGCAGCGGCCAUGACCGCUGAACUGCGGGUGCAGAAGCAGAUGUCAGAGACUCUCAACAUGCUGUCACAGAGCGAGCAGAUGAUGGCAGCAAGAGCUGAAGAGAUGUCUCAAACCAUGGAGAUGCUGCGGGAACGCGUGGACACUGCGGCGAAAAGAGCCAACGAGGAGGAGGUCAUCGCCAAGAGAGCGCAUGAGGAAUCCCAGAUUGCAGAUAGGCUUCGGCGAGAAGACUCUGCUGCAGCAGCGCGAGAGGUUCAGCGCCGAGAUUUGGAGGCCAAGAGGCUUGAGCAGGAACUCAGGCAGCAGCGCGAGGAUUUGAUCAGCGCAGAGAGGGAGAUGAGGCUGCAAUUGGAGCUAAAGGCGGAGCAGCGAGAGUUGCACUGGAAGGCUGAGCAUCGAGAGCUCGAGCUGAAAGCUGAAGUCAAGGAGAUGAGGUUGAAAGCUGAUUGGCAGGCCUUGCAGCAGCUUGAAGACUCUGAGCUGCUUCGACCUACUUCAGAUCGAACAGCGUCUGAUCGCGUGACCUCGGGGCGCCGGCCACCGAGCAUGACGGAGGACAGCUCGCGCAGCAUUCCUCGAUCGCACUCCCGUGUUCAGGAGGCCUUGUCCUUCGCAGCGGCAGAGGAGCGCCAGCCUGCUCGCGGCGCGAGCCAUGGUUUGAAGAGCCCUUCGAAGGGCAGUUUCGACGCGCGGCUGGCAAAGCAAGUGGCCACGGAUCUGACGCAAAGUGGCCAGGACAGGCCGUCUAUGUCAAGACAGCGGCCCUCCUCAGCAAGAAGUCAGACGUCCAGCCACAGCUUGAGAUCGCAGCAGCGGGAGGCGCCGCAAGGAGCACAGCCUCGAAGGGUUCCGCAGAGGCCCCGCAGCGCUGGUGCCCUGAGACCAAAGCUGGAGGUCCAAGGACCUGUGACGUACAGGAACGUAGCAGAGCACUUUUCCAAAUGGUACUCUGAAUAUGCCAAUUUCCUGGUUGAGAUGGACCGCUGUAGCAGCCAGUAUGACAAAGGUCAAGGGCGACUUGUUCGCGGCUAUCGAGGCUAGCGAGCUCUUGGCACCUGUGACGCUGGAAGCUUCUCAGCUCCGUGACUGUUUAAGAUGGCCGGGCUGUUUCGCAAUGCUCACAAC